AUGGUAUAUCUAAGCUUGAGGAAUACAAAUGUGAAAUUCAUUCCAGGAUCAAUUGGAAAGCUUCGAAAUCUAGAAACCUUGGAUUUGGAAGGUACAAACUUAACAGAGUUGCCUAUCGAAAUAGGAAAGCUUCGGAAACUUCGAUAUCUUGUGCCUAAUACGGGGGUUGUAUUCCCGGUGGAAAUAGGGAAUUUGUCAUUCCUGCAAACGCUCGGAAGGAUCGAGGCAGGCAAAGUCAAUGGCAACAUUAUAAUGAGAGAGGUGGGGAAACUUACCCAACUAAAAUCUUUGUAUAUUUCAGGGUUGAGAACAGAAGACGGAAAAAUCCUAUGCUCGUCUCUUGAAAAAUUGGGCAACCUCCGUACAUUGUGGGUUGAAGCACAUGCACCACGAGGAAAAUGGAAUGAGUUUGAGUUGCUUGAUCUGAAGACAUUAUCUUCGGGUCCUCCACUUCUACAAAAACUUUACUUGUUUGGACAUCUAGAGGAGACACCACAUUGGAUAGCUUCUCUUCAUAGUCUGGUCUUGGUAAAUCUAGGGUGGAGCAAAUUAAGGGAUGACCACCAACUGCAAUGGCUACAAGAUUUGCCAAAUCUCCAGCUUAUGUCAUUCCAUCAUGAUGCGUAUGUUGGGGAGGAAUUAUGUUUCAAGGCUGGAGGAUUUAAGAGUCUCAAAUAUUUACGGCUUUCCUUUUUAGAAGAACUGAGAUGGGUGAGAUUAGAGCAGGGCGCCAUGCCUCAUCUUGAAGAUCUAACAAUUUGGUACUGUGAUUUGAUGGGGUAUCCAAUUGGAAUCGAACAUCUAACCAACCUUCGAUCAAUUUCGCUACAUCUAGUGGAUAAAUUAAAGCCUCAGAACUUGUCAGAUAGAGAUAGAGAUGAUGUAUGGGAUGACAACAAACUUGCAAACAUCCCUCAUAGGGAUAUCUGGAGUUGCACGGACGUCUUGGAAUAAAAAGGAGAAGUUGAAAUCACUGUCUCGUGGCUAGACUCGUGGUGGAGGUGGUGGUCGUGGUCUAGGCAUUAUGUUAUAAUUUUGGAUUGAUAUCAUCUAGUGAUGUAAUAUUUGAAAUAAUAUCAAGAUCUCUUAUUACCAUGUGCAAUCUUUGGUUAAGCCUCUACUUCAAAUUUGUUUUUCUCUUUGGCUAAAGAUCUUAAGCUGUCAAAAUUGAUAGUCUCUCAACCAAA